UUUAAAAAAAAGGGUUUCAAACUUCAACCCCAAUCCCCUCCAAAACUGCCCGUUUUAGGCAGCAAAUUGUUUCUAAAGGACUUGAGCUCGAAACCAGUGUCAUCAACUCCGAGAACAAAAGAGGAAGAAGAAGAGGAAUCGCAUCAAUUCUAGAACCCAAACCCUAGCUACUAUUGUCAAUCCAUUACCAUGGAAUCAGGGGCGAGAGACAACAAGAGCUCGCCUCCAUUGCAGCCCUCGAAGUUCACAGUGUACCAGAAUCCAGCCCUGUCCGCUGCCCUCACAGCCAACAGUCUCCAGCCCUCAAAUCCUACUAUCGUCUUCAUCUUUUCUCUUUCCUCCGCUUCCGCCUUCGCUCUCCUUUCCUUCAUUUCCAGGGAAAAUGGGGUGAUUGACAUAUUGAGGGUCAGAAGUUUAUCUGAGCAGGCAGCUUAUUUGUUUGUCAAGGUUAUGCAGAUUGCAGUGAGCUUGAUCUUUCUUGGCACUGUAAUUGCAUUGUUCAAAGCCAUUUCUCUUCGUAGAGCAAAAAAUGCUGUUGGCGUGCCGGUUAAGUCUUCCUCUGAAGGAAUAAAGGACAGGCAACAACUAACAAAUCGUCAGCUAGAGCUUUUGGGAAUGAAGUCAAAGGUGGAUCAAGUUGUAGCUGAUUCUUCCAAGAAACCGCCCAAGUCCAAGCCCGUGUCACCUUCUGAUGUACUUGUUCCAUUACAUCAUCCAAUUACAAGUUUGACUCACAUGCCUCGAGUUGGCUCUGAUAAAUCAAGCACUAGUAGUGGGAAUAAGAUGAACUCUUUUGGCACUCCAUCCAAACAACACGCUUCCCCCUCAUCUUUUUACCUUGUACCUGCUAGCAGUUCACCUCUACCUUCUGUUCAAACUUCACCUGGGUGUGAUGCAGUGGUCACCCCCUGGUCAAAUAAACGAGCCCCCUCCACCAAAGAGAUAAUAACAGAACAACAGCUUGAACAAUUCUUGGCUGAAGUAGAUGAGAAAAUUACUGAAUCAGCAGGAAAACUAGCAACACCACCACCAACUAUUGGCAGUUUUAGCGUGGCUAGUCCCAAUACUGUUGCAAGUUCAGCUAAUAAAUCAGGAACUACAAGGAGUACACCACUGAGGCCAGUGAGGAUGUCUCCUGGUUCUCAGAAGUUUACGACUCCCCCGAAGAAAGGAGAGGGUGAUAUUCCACCACCAAUGACCAUGGAAGAGUCUGUGGAAGGUUUUGAGCAUUUGGGCAUCUAUCCUCAAAUUGAGCAGUGGCGAGAUGGCCUUAGGCAAUGGUUCUCUUCAGCAUUGCUUAAACCUCUUCUCAACAAGAUAGAAACGAGUCAUAUUCAGGUGAUGCAAGCAGCUGCUAAGCUUGGUGUUUCAAUCACAAUUAGUCAAGUGGGAAGUAGCUUACCAAUCAGUGGAGCUCCUACCACUGCCUCUCCAAUUGAUGGGUCAAAGGAAUGGCAACCGGCAUAUAGUCUUGAUGAAGAUGGACUUCUUCAUCAAUUACGUGCAACUCUUGUGCAAGCCAUUGAUGUUUCCGUGCCAAAGUUAUCUUUGGCAAAUCCACAGCAGGCCCAACAGCAAAAUCCUUUGGUCCCAAUCAUGCAGGAGUGUGUAGAUGCCAUCACUGAACAUCAAAGGCUUCAGGCUUUGAUGAAAGGGGAAUGGGUGAAAGGUUUGCUACCACAAAGCAGUGUUCCUGCAGAUUAUACAGUGCAAAGGAUCAAAGAGCUUGCUGAAGGAACUUGUGUGAAGAAUUACGAGUAUCUUGGAAGGGGAGAGGUUUAUAACAAGGAUAAGAAGUGGACAUUUGAGCUUCCAACUGAUUCUCACUUGCUCUUGUACUUAUUUUGUGCAUUUCUGGAGCAUCCAAAAUGGAUGCUACACGUGGAUCCUAUGUCCCAUGCUGGAGUUCAGUCUAGCAAGAACCCCUUGUUCUUGGGUGUUUUGCCACCAAAAGAGAGAUUUCCUGAGAAGUACAUUGCUGUCAUAUCUGGGGUUCCUUCAACUCUUCAUCCAGGAGCUGGUAUAUUGGUUAUCGGAAGGCAAAACCCUCCAUUUUUUGCUUUGUACUGGGAGAAGAAGCUGCAGUUCUCUCUUCAGGGAAGAACAGCAUUAUGGGAUUCCAUUUUGCUUUUAUGCCACAGGAUUAAGGUUGGAUAUGGAGGUAUCGUUCGGGGCAUGCAUCUUGGUUCUUCGGCCUUGAACAUCCUUCAAGUUCUGGAUUCUGAAACUGAAGACUAAAUCCUGUUCAGGCAUACCAAAAUUCUGCUUGGUAAUGCCUGCUUAGUGCAGACAUAACAGCUAAGGAAAUCCAACACGGAGAUCAACUGGGUUCAUAUGUGAGCAUUGGUUUGUAGUUUGAUUUGAAAGGUUGUUCGCAUUGAUUUCCCAGAGAGCUCUUUUGGCGUUUGACACAGAUUGAUAUUCAAAAAGUACGAUGGUCCAACUAAUGACAAGAGUUGUAGUUGCUUAGGUGAGAUUAUAGAGGGGGUUCUUGCGUUCUCUCUCAAAGAAAAGAUCAGGCAAUGGUUUCUGCCCACGCUUUUAGUUAUGAAAUUCUUAGACGAAGAGGGAGUGAACAAUCGAAUCAAGUACGAAUAUUUUGGUGAAACCUUGAAUUUUUCCAAGUAGACAACCUUGGGUUUGCUAAUCCAGCUGAUGAGUUCUUAUCUGAGCAUAUUUAGAUUUUCCUGUGAAGAAUAUUUUUGUAGGUCAACUCUCUCUCUCUCUCUCUCUCUCUUUUUCGAUCUCGAUCUCUCUCUCUAUCUCUCUGGCUUCUCCAUGCCAGCUUUUCUUCCAUGGAGAUUCUGUUCAUUGGGAGAAAAUCUCUGGACAUAUAUCCGGGUGAACUUGUUUGGAAUCAUUUACAGCACCAGAAUCUCUGUAAAUGGACUAGACUGCAAAGCUACCAUA